AUGCACACGACGAGACAUAUGAGGACGUUGUUAUCGUGCAAACAUAAGCUGGUUGAACAUGCCAUCGAGACCGAAGAUGUGAAUUAUGAGUUGGUGCAGCAGGCUCUGUAUGAAUACGAAAGGUCAUGUAGCUUGAUGCAUCAGAGGUUCCUGCCUAUAUACCUCGAUGCGAAUGGGCAGGUGUCGGACUUGCAGGAUUCGAUCGAUAGGAUGGGCAAUGUUCGCACGUUCCGUGUGUUUGGGGCAAUCAAGAUGGAGAGUGUCGUGUUUACGUCUAUGACUUGA